UAUUUACAUUUUCAAUGAUGGCUGUUUCAACCGUCAAUAUUCUUAGCAUAGUUUUGUUCUUUAUUUUUGUUUCUCAAGGUUAUAGCCAAUGUUCCUUGAAAGAUCUAUCGGUAAGUCAAUCUGCAACAGGAGUUAAAGUGCAAGGAAAAGAAGAAUGGUCUGUGACUAUCAUUAACAAGUGUCCAUGCGUUCAAAAGAAUGUGUUGUUAGAUUGUAAAGGAUUUCAAUCGGUAGAACGCAUAAACCCUGCAGUUUUCAAGGUUUCAAAAAAUGGGUGCAUAGUUAACAAUGGUGAAGCUGUUUACAGAGAUGCUGUUAAAUUUAAAUAUGCUUGGGACCACCAAUUUCCAUUAAAUCCCAUUUCCUCAGAUGUUUUUUGCUCUUCAAUUUAA